CCAUAUUGUAAACGUUAUUCUAUCCCUAUCUAUCGGGUCUAUAUAAAAAGUUUCGUUGCAUUCGCGGCAAGAAUCAAACGCGCGAGAGCUACUGCGAGUGCAAGAACAAAAGUCUUGUUUUCUACUCUACAACUCUUUAGUCUGCUAUUAACCAAAGAUCAGAUCUACGAUGAGCCAUCACUGGGGCUAUACCGAAGAGAAUGGACCCGCACACUGGGCCAAGGACUACCCCCAGGCAUCGGGACAUCGGCAGUCGCCCGUGGACAUCACUCCCUCGAGUGCCAAAAAGGGUAGUGAUUUGAAGGUGUCGCCGCUCAAAUGGAAAUAUGUGCCGGAGGACACAAAGAGUCUGGUUAAUCCAGGCUACUGCUGGCGCGUGGAUGUCAACGGCGCCAAUUCUGAGCUAACUGGAGGACCGCUGGGCGAUCAGAUCUUUAAAUUGGAACAGUUCCAUUGCCAUUGGGGCUGCACCAACUCGAAGGGGUCGGAGCAUACGGUCGACGGAGUCUCCUAUUCGGGUGAGCUGCAUCUCGUGCACUGGAACACCACGAAGUACAAGUCCUUCGGCGAGGCAGCUGCCGCACCUGAUGGACUGGCCGUGUUGGGUGUUUUUCUACAGCCGGGCAAUCAUCACGCUGAGCUGGACAAAGUGAGCAGCUUGUUGCAGUUUGUUCUGCACAAGGGCGAUCGCGUCACGCUGCCCCAUGGCUGCGAUCCCGGCAAGCUACUGCCCGAUGUGCAUACGUAUUGGACAUAUGAGGGCUCACUGACCACGCCGCCUUGCUCCGAGUGCGUCAUUUGGAUUGUGUUCAAGACGCCAAUUCAAGUAUCUGACGAUCAACUGAAUGCCAUGCGCAACCUCAAUGCCUACGACGUCAAGGAAGAGUGUCCUUGCAAUGAGUUCAAUGGCAAGGUCAUCAACAAUUUCCGUCCUCCGUUGCCGCUCGGCAAACGAGAGCUGCGCGAAAUUGGCGGUCAUUGACAAUUGGAUUGAAAGGGUCUUACGGUCAUAGUCAAAAUCGAAAGGAAUCGA